UCGCCUUUCACGGCCCCGCCCCCUUCCUGCGUGAGUGUCGCGAAACGCGAGCCUUGCGCGACGGCCGCGGUGACGUAAAAGCCGCGCAAGGACGGCGGCGAGGGAGGAAGCGCCGGCGCCGCUGCCCGAGGACAGCCAUGCCACUGCUUGAUCUCCAGAACCAGCUGGGCAUUAACCUAGACAGAUGGAUGCUCCGCCUGAGUAGCAAGCAGCCCUUUCAGCAGCCCAGCGUGUGCCACACAUUCGAGAAGGAGUGGCUGGAGUGUUCGGAAGGCAUUGGGCUGACCCGGGCCAAGGAGGAGUGCCGGCUGGAGGCUGAGGAUCUGGGGGAGUGCAUGACCAGGCGCAAGAUGAUGCAGCGUGUCCGAGCCAUCUUGAAGCAAAGGGACUUAAUGAUCAAGGAGGGGAAGUACACGCCACCCACCCAUCAGGAUGACUGAGUUGGGCUGUGAUCCCCAGGGAGAAAAAUCCCUUUGCUGCCCUAGGAGCCGAAGAGCUCUGCUCUUAAUACAUUGCUAAAGAAGGAUUUAGUGGGGACCUUUUCAUUUCUCUCCUUUGGUUUCUAGUCCAGCCCAUGAACAAAUUCUCCUUUGGAGCCUGGAAU